GUGGGGGGCGAGUGGUGGGCGAAGCAGCACCAAAUGGACACGGACAGCGAACGCAUUGGCGCUACUGGACCUUCGUUGGACAACUUUUAGUUAACGAUGCAGGGAGGAGGGCGCAUGCUGCGGACGUACGGACGUCGGCGCGGGGAUGUUUUUGAGUCCGACCCCAUGUGGAUCGCAGCCUCGCACCAUCUGUUCGAAUUCUCGCCCGAGAUCAGCAAUUCAGACAUGGAGGAAGAGGGCUCUGACGGCAGCAGGAGGGGCGUCUUUGAGGAGUUGAAUUGCGGCGACUUGAACGGCACCGCGGGAAAGAAGCAUACAAGACAGCGCAAAGCCAAGGAUUCUGCCCUACUCAAACUCAAAGCCUGUUUUGAGGAGGAGAGCAGUGUUAACCAUCCGAAAACGCCCAAGUUGCCUGGCGGAGGAAGUAAAGCUAAAGAUAGUCCCUGGGUGGCAGACGGAGCAAUGGAUGUUGCUUCGGAAGAAAAAACUAUUGUUCGCAGAAAGCGAUUUGCGGCUAAAGAAACAUCGAGAUUCACAUAUGCAGAAGACGAUAACAAACAACUCAAAGCGACUCUUGCUUCCUCACGAAAGAAUGGCAAUGAUGAUAAAUUUCGCAAGGGCAUUAGGUUAACAUUCAGCGACGACUCCCUGUAUUCAACGGAAGAGACGUCCGAUGUCUCGGUUAGUGGUGGCCAGGGAAGCGAGAGCUCGAUGCCCUUGCAAGAGAAUCCCCAAAAAGACGCGCGCAAGUUGGGUUCCCCUGUCGGGGAAAUGCGAGGAAGUGACACGGGCCAUGACGUAGCGUCUGCUGAUGGGAAUGCGUCGUUUCUGUUGGAAAGCGCUUGCAACAAAUCGCCUUUCAAUAGGUUUGUGACUGUAACGAGAAAACAGAAAAUAAGCACUUUGAGCGAUUUCGAGGACUUAUUUAAUGCCGAAGCUUCGACCGGAUCCGUUGAAAGUAUGUCAAAGCAGUUAGCUGUGUUUGCAAGUACACCAAAACGUAGGUGUUCCAUAUCUAAUUUGGGUUUUUCUACAGUAAAUGUAGCCAACAAACAAAUGAGGCUCCGCAACUGUAAAGUGUCCUUGGAAGAUCUUGUACUUCAUGACGAUAUUCAUAGCUUUCUACAGAAAAAUAGAGUUAGGGUCAGUUCUAAGAUUUUGCACAAACUCAAGAGAAAUGGCCAUUUAAACGGUUCGCUUGUGCAAGUGUGCACAAGUUGUCUCGCAGCAGGUCACCUCGCAGCAAUGGACAAGAUCGCCUCGGCAGGCAAUGGAGUUGCCAUUGACUUGUCUGCCAGUGUGUGCAGCGACAAGGCAGAGGGUUUGUUGGUCGACAGUGACUCUUCCCAUCACAUGGACCACGACAAUACCAUCAUGACAGCAACACUUGUCGCAUCCCGAACGGAGACCUCUGAAGUUCAGCACGACAGGUCCUCCCUGUGUGAUAACAGCAGCCAGUCUUGCAUUGGUCAGACGCCCAAGUUAGCCAACAACUUGGAGAAGGAUGAUCCCCCCAGAACGGAGACCUCUGAAGUUCAGCACGACAGGUCCUCCCUGUGUGAUAACAGCAGCCAGUCUUGCAUUGGUCAGACGCCCAAGUUAGCCAACAACUUGGAGAAGGAUGAUCCCCCCAGAACGGAGACCUCUGAAGUUCAGCACGACAGGUCCUCCCUGUGUGAUAACAGCAGCCAGUCUUGCAUUGGUCAGACGCCCAAGUUAGCCAACAACUUGGAGAAGGAUGAUCCCCCCAGAACGGAGACCUCUGAAGUUCAGCACGACGGGUCCUCCCUGUGUGAUAACAGCAGCCAGUCUUGCGUUGGUCAGACGCCCAAGUUAGCCAACAACUUGGAGAACGAUGAUCCCCCCAGAACGGAGACCUCCGAAGUGCAGCACGACGGGUCCUUGUGUGAUAACAGCAGCCUGCUUUACAUUGGUCAGACGCCCACGUUAGCCAACAACUUUAGGAAUGAUGAUCCCUCUGCAACACUUGACACAUCCAGAAUGGAGACCUCCGAAGUUCAGCACGACGGGUCCUUGUGUGAUAACAGCAGCCUGCUUUACAUUGGUCAGACGCCCACGUUAGCCAACAACUUUAGGAAGGAUGAUCCCUCUGCAAGACUUGACACAUCCAGAAUGGAGACCUCUGAAGUUCAGCACGACGGGUCCUUGUGUGAUAACAGCAGCCUGCCUUACAUUGGUCAGACGCCCACGUUAGCCAACAACUUUAGCAAGGAUGAUCCCUCUGCAACACCUGACACAUCCAGAACGGAGACCUCUGAAGUUCAGCACGACGGGUCUUUCCUGUGUGAUAGCACCCUGUCUUACAUUGGUCAGACGCCCAAGUUGGCCAACAACGGCAAGAAGUGGUCGCGCAUGAAAUCGGUGCUUGGUCGACGCAACUCCGUUUUGUUCACGCCAGAGUCUCCGCCAAACAAACACGCAGCAUUGGUCCGGCGGUCGGAGUUUAGCACUUCGAUACCACUGCCCUCCCUGGUGACCACUUGCGCCACUGACAGUCCCAACACGGAGGCGAGUGCUCAAGGGUUGCAGCUCGUGGAUAUGGACGACAACAGUGGUGCAUACAACGCGUUUCUAAGCCCGAUGAUUUACGACGAUUCCAUCCAAGAUACAGAGGCAGGGUUGGCGGAGGAGAACAUUUACCGAGAAUGCAAGCAGAUGGGCCCUUUGGCCUUCUCGCAGUGGCUGCUGUCGGUUGAGCGGGGCAGCUGCGUCAAGGUUGGGGAGGGGGUUUACGGAGAGGUGUUCCGCAUGUGCAACGGUCGCGACGAAGUCUCCGUCUUCAAGGUGGUUCCUAUCGAGGGCAGUGCAUUGGUGAAUGAAGAAUCCCAGAAAUCUUUUAAAGAAAUCCUUCCCGAAAUCAUGAUCUCCAAGCAAUUGAGCAACCUACAUGAAGGGGAUCGGAACCAAUCUGAAAACUUCAUCAAGCUGAAUAGUCUGCGCUGCCUGCAGGGAUCUUACCCGGACCGUCUGUUGGAAGCGUGGAAUGAAUUCCAUGAGAACAAAAUAUCCGACAACGACUGCCCUGACUUCUUUACAGAUUCCCAACUCUUUAUUGUAUUUGAGUUUGAGGAGGGGGGCACCAGCUUGGAGACCUAUCAGUUCUCGUCGAUGCUGCAGAUGCUCGCCGUGCUGCAACAGGUGCUGGUCGCCCUGGCUGUGGCCGAGGAGGCCAUAUGCUUUGAGCACAGGGACCUGCACUGGGGCAACGUUCUGGUGAAGCAGACCAAGAAGAAGAAACUGAGCUACCGGCUGUUCGGCCAAACGUUCAGCAUGCCCACGCACGGCGUGCAGGCGAAAAUCAUCGAUUACACGCUGUCCCGCAUGGAACACGAAGGAAUUAAGAAGUUCUCCGACAUGGCAUCGGACGAGAUGCUUUUCCAGGGUCAGGGUGACUAUCAGUACGACAUUUACCGCAUGAUGCGCAAUGAAAACAAUAACAACUGGGCAGCCUACUCCCCACACACCAACGUGCUGUGGCUGCACUACCUGGCCGGCAAGAUGCUGCACGGAGUGAACUGCCGUCAGAGGCGCCAGGUGUCGCCACGCAAACGCCUCGAGCGCUUUGCGCGGGACGCGCUGGCAUUCCCAUCGGCCACCGAGCUCGUGAGGAGUGGGCCGAGCCUCCUCGUGUCUCCCCACCCCCUCCCCACACCGAGUUGACGGAAAGGUUUCUUUUAUAAGUCCUUGACGGUCUCGUAGUUGCGCGUUUAUUCAUAACGGCGGCUUGGAAACGCGUGCGAAACAAAUCUGGGGUGACUCUCCUUUAUUAACAACACGUUUAUCUCAUAGUUCCAUGCUUAGAAUUGAAUGCAAUUCCGAACAGGACUGUAGGAUUAUCAGAAUUGUGUGUGGGUGGUCAGGGUUGCAUGAAGCCCUGGUUGUGCCAUUCGGGGGGAAAGGGGGAAGACAUGUGGGGCCCUGACCGUCUUGGUGGAAAUCGUCAUUGAAACGGCUGAUGUUGGUCAACUGGAGGUCCUGUAAUGUACCCACAAUACUCGCCUCCACGAGGAUGCAUUAUUUUAGACUUUUAUAUAAAUGCUAUGCUUAUUUCAUAUUAUUGCACAGACCAACAUGUCACAGGGAGGAUUGGCAGAUUUGCAGAGAUGGAAUGUGAUGGACAAAACAUGACAAAAAAAUCGGCUUAAAUGGACAAUGUGUAGAGAGGUCAGACGAGACCAUAGAAGAAGGCUGUGCAGGAGAAACUGGCAACACUGGCAUCGCUAGACUUACAAAAGGGGAGAUGCGUUCUUUAAAAAGGCACGUGUAAAACGAAAGUUCGUCAAAUCAGAAUGACUUCCCAUUAAUUUAAUACGAAAUAUUGGGGAUGUUUCAUACAGUCAUUCCAACUCUCUACGCCCAACCUAAAAAUAUACCCAGAUAUCGCUCUUCGUAAUGCAAUAAUAAUAAUAAAGAACAGGAAUAUUAAAACGAUUGAAUAAUUGUAAAAAACUAUUAACCUUUUCUGGGAAUUCACCAAAAGAUCUGUUGGAAUGACUGCAAAGGUAUGACUGUGGAGGCGCUCCAGUUCCACUGCAGGGAUACUGAGGCUGUCGGUGGAUGGAUGACGCAGCCUCCUGGAUGGUUCUUGUCUCAUCCCACGUGAAAUUUUGAUAAUGCGGAAAUUUGAUUUUGUUAACCGUGAAAAGUGUCCAUAAUUUGUCAAUUGUGUUUACGCGAAAUUUAGUUUACCGAACUUUCGUGAAUCAAGAGUUAUCUGUAGAGUAAAAAAAACGAACAGCACAAGAUGGUAGAAAAAACACGCGACAACAAACAAGGAGAAUUGGUGCCAGCAUGUAGAAGUGAGCACUCAUCAGCCACAUCACGAGAAGGAAUAAUCCGACUGGUGAUGCAUCCGAGAAGACAGUCGCUGUGGAGAUUUUGCACGGAUGAUAGUUCGUGCACGGCAGCAAGAUGAACAGUAUAAAUGUCGAACCAAUGGGGGGGAUGGCAUGGAGAAGCCUUUCUGGCAUUGAUUAUGAUGUAUGUAUGUAUGAGAGAUGAUGAGAUAUUUAAUGUGCAGGUGUGAAAAAAUUGUGGCAUCAAUGGGGGGUUAAUCAAGGGUGUUAAAUCUCUGUCGUGAUCACCUCGGUCCACUACCAUCCCUAAUGAGGUCAAUAAAAGUAGCUCAACUUAUUAGAGUACCACCAUUGUUUUCACAUGUCCAUCGUUGCCUUUGCAGAUAAAUCCAGAGCUGCAUCAGAUGUAACGCGGAUGACCAAAUUGCAGAGGGCAUCCAAUGUCUUCUAUUUGUUUUCUGAACCUUACUUAAUUUUAUUUUGUAAUUUUGGUGCUCCAGCAGGUCACUAUUGCAAAAUGAGACUAUCCUGGUCUCUUUUGAGUUCACCUGGCUAAGCAAAAGAAACGUCUAACUUUAACAGUGUAUCAGAGUGGCCUUCCAUUUAAACAUGGCACUGAUUUUCAAAUAAAAGCUACUUUCCUGGGAAGCUCAAAAGAGGAUGCCAAAAUGAACUGAAAUUCCUUCACAGCAAUUUCAUCCUUUUCCCCCCAGGUGGAAACCAGAGCAUGUAACAGCCUUCCUGAUACUUCCACCAAAUAGUCGCCCUACAGACAGGCAGGAAAUUCAACAUUUGCAAAUAUUGCUAUAUAGAGCACACAACCCAUUGUUGUGCUUUGCUACAAUGUGGGAUGCUGCAAUAGGCCUUUAAUAGCACGUGAUGGGCAUGAAGCAUUUCUGAUUUUAUAUAUAUUUUAUAUUGAAGCAGUGUUAUUGACGAUUGUUUUUUUUUUAUUGUUAAUUGUGCCUAUGCACCACUGCCAACAGCCCAUCACCAAAUGAUGUGUGCUUGAAACCCGAUGGGUUCGUUAUUGGUUGGAAAGAUUGAUCAUUUGGCAACGCACACUCCUGUCGAGAUUGUGAAUGUACAAUUUUAACCGUGCCGCAAAUUUUUUUUGUUUAAUUUGUUUUUAAGGAGCCGUCUUGCUACCAUGAUCCACACGUUCGUCAAAUGAGGGGAGCUUUUUAUUUGCAUCUGAAUUUUUGAAGGCGGCAAGGUGUUCUGCCAAAAAUGAGAUCUCAAUGUCAGCAGGGUUCUUGUGAAAAUAAUUUAUUUAAUUGGCCGUUUUGUCAGCUACCUGGACUUGGGUCUUCAGGCCACUUGCGAAAGCAUGUCACCCUAGCCUUUAACUUGUUAACGUAAAAUUAUAUUUUUAAAUUAUGGAUGGAUCAUUUUGAGAACAUUUUUGGCAAGAACGUCUCUUUUUUUAUAUAUUUUAAUUUAAUGUUAUGCAAGCCUCCUCCCACUCUUGCACCAGUGCCUUUUUUAUCUAAAAAAUAUCGCUUCUGCAGAUAGGAGUGAAGUUCAACAAUAAGCACGGUAUAUUUUUAGUUUUGUUUUAAAUGCCUGAAACUUUCCACAUUUUAAAAUGGGCAUUUCUCAUUGUGUUGCUUGUGAUUAAAUUGACGCAUUUUUAAAGGUUUAACACGACUCGGUGUGGUUGAGAAAAAAAAUAAUGCUUUAAUCGUUUCCCCCAUAGCAUUUUUAACGUUCUGAUUCGUAUCUACAUUACAUCCCUUACAUAAACAACCCAACAAUCUGCUCUUUUAGAAGCAUUUCUACUUUCCCACCUGCAUUAACCACUGCAAAGUGCAUCGAUGGGUAGUAUGGAUGAGAGCAAAAUGCUGUGAUUUUUUUUUUUUUAGCCCUUGAAUCUUGAAGAAACAUCUAUUUGAUGUGUACAAGUUUCUGUCAAUGAAAAUAGAAUGUCGCUGUAUAGCACUGAAUAAUAUGACCAGUGUUACUCGCUUGGUGACCGUGUACAUAGUUUUCGCGACAAUGUUUUUAAAGCGGUCCUGGCUUUUGGUUUACAGAAGUUGA